CACUCAGUACGAGGAACCGCUCGAUCGGCUUGUGACGAUCGUUUACCGUCUUACAGUGCAGUAUAGUGAUCGGCACGAAUGUAGCGACAAACGGCGACAACGGUCCAGAGACGACGCACAUUCCAUACACUUUGUCAUCAUUUUGCAUUUAGUAGCUUCCACAGUUUGUUGUUAUCGCGAUAUCGGGCGGGCUCGUUUGGUUAAUUAGCGAAAAUCUUGCAGCCACGUUGGUGCAUAUAAUUCACAGUUAAUAUUGGUUUUACGCUAACCGUUAUCUGUGCUGAAAAGUGGUGAAUCACUGUUUAAGUGUUUUAAACGGUUGGUGCUAGUAUCCAUUGUGUCUGUACAUCAUUUCAAGUGAAACAAUGGCGACAACCGCCGAAAAUGUGAAAUUACCUGACUUGAUUACCCGCUGGAUGGAAGUGCAAAAAUCUCGAGCCGGAUUCGAGGAUGGAAGCCCCCUGAAAGUUGACGUAAUCGAUCUCACAUUACUCCUAAAAUCAAUGGGCCUCAAGUUGGAGUAUCUGGACUUUGAGGAAGAAAAAUCUAACACAGACUCAUUAACAGUGGACAUUAGGUGUCAUAAAUCGGGUGUAAUGGCGAGAAUGAGCUACGAUUUGGUGGACUGCUCGUGCCCGGAAAAGGAUGAGAAAGAAACCUCGUUCUGGGAAGUGCAAGCCACCGGACCGAGUGUGUUUUCCAAGCACAAAAACAACACAUCGUCAAAUUUACUACCCGAGGUCUCCGAAAGCUGCUCGAUGGUUUCCAAAGCAAUGCUAUCAAAUUUGUUGGAUUAUUACCGUUCCAGUAUGAAAUCCAUUGAGCGUGGAGAGGAUGUCCUGCAGUCCCCGUUGAAGGUCGCUAUGCCACGAAUUUGUGUUUCUAGUCCAAUAUCAAAAGAAAACAGAAUUUCUAUCGCUACGCCACCAGCAGAAGGAAAAUUCAUGGCACUCAUCGAAUCCGUUGCCUCGCCAGAAAAACAAACUGAAGAAAUAAUAUCCAGUCCACCAAAAACCACUGAACAAACAAAAGAUGACACAAAAUCUGACCAUUCGGUUGAAGGCGUUGGAAUCGAUAACACAACUAAGGAACUGUCCAAAAGUGAUUCCGGUGACAAGCCUGUAAUAUCAAUGGAGCCCACACCGAAUAAGUCUCAAGAGAGUAGAAUGCCCGACGAUAGUUCGUUCGCUAAUAGCGAGGCCAUGAAAGCUUUAAUCACAUCAAGCCCUAAUGAAAAGGUUCUCGAUUCUGUAUUCAACGCCGAUCAAAACCACGAAAGAGAUCUUAACGUAAUUCACUGUCUCCAGCAAGCACGACAAGAAAUUGAUACCGCACUGUUGGUCAUGAAGUUGAAUAACUCUCACGGAGGUCUCCCAUCAGGUUCCAUUAUAACAACCACACCACAAACUGUGGUCCGCAAAAAAUUGGCUACUCCACUAUUACCAGAGCGGUCCAGUUCAUUGACCAACAUCAACCGAAGGAUGUCACUUCCAGGACAUCCUUCACCUUCGCCAAGAAUCGUACAUAACCCAAGCGUCCCAAAAAAAUACACUAAUGUCACUUCGAAGCUUGCUUCAGUAAGGCCUGCAGUUCGUGGAGAUACUCCUCGUCCAACGACGGCUCAAGUCAAGACGAUCACUUUGCUACGCAAAACGAGUUCAAGCGCAUCUAUCUCUACUAUUGGCAGCUCGAGUGCUGCUACCAAAGGUAUCACUUUGGCCAGCAAAAAAGGGAUUGGAACUGCUACAAAACCAAUCGGUAGCGUGAAAACCGCUCCCAGUAAACCGGUGCCAAUGGCUACUGGCGUUACUCGCUCAAAGAGCUCUGCUACCAUUGUUAAAAAAUAGAUUUCAUUUGAUUUGUAGGGAUUUAUUCCUUUUGUCUGCUACGCUCUACAUACAACUAAACUGUAAGUAUAUAUACCAAUAAAAUACUGUUUUAAACGA